GAAGAUAAGGUAUACCGUAGCAGUCUUGGUGAAUAGCAGAUUGCAGCCAUCACAAAAUACGACGACGUUACUAUUUUCGCACUCCCCAUCAUCACAGAUGGCACAAGCGACCAUGAUGUACAGGAUGACCAAACGCGUCCAGCUGUUCUCUGCUUUACAAGUGGUAUUCGGUAAUCGCAUGGAUGACAAAGUGAAAGAAGG